GCGUGAGUUACACAGUUUGUUAAAUUGUUGCCAGGUUGUGUAGAGGUAGAGAGUGUUCACUGGUUUGACCGCAGUGUGUAGUAGGGAGUGUUAAUAUCCUCAAAAUGAAGAGAAGAGUUGAUCACACUGAAAGUAAAGUUGCAUCUGCAGGAGAAUCGCAACGCGCUGGUCGUCAUAAGGACUCAAAUGUACAGUCAAGAUCACAGGGGUUGGUGUGGGUUAAAGUUGGAUUUCUUGUACUCUGCGUACUGACAAUACCAUUUCUUCUGCAAUUCUUCACUGAUUCUGUUGACCUCAGCCGACCUUCAGAUGUAGGUCUCAAUUAUACUAUAAAUUUCUACCUAGAACCUGAGGCAGGGGUGAGGGUGGGCGUGUGGUUUACAGUACCUAAACAUAAAUGGAAAGAGUCACAGGGGAAAGAUCUACGCUGGUAUGAGAAAGCUCUGGGAGAUGGAUCACCCGUUUUUAUUUACCUCCAUGGCAAUGCAGGCAACAGAGCUUCACCUCCUCAUCGAGUUGGAGUUGCCCAUAUCUUGAGUAAUGCUGGAUAUCACGUCCUAGUAUUAGAUUACAGAGGUUUUGGGGAUUCUACCGGUGAACCCACAGAGGCUGGUCUGACUACAGAUACCAUACACUUGUACAACUGGGUUAAGGCACGCAGUGGAAACAGUCUGGUCUGUGUUUGGGGUCACUCACUUGGUACUGGUGUUUCAACAAACACUGCAGUGAAAUUACUUGAGCAAGGAAAACAUUUUGAUGGAAUAAUACUUGAGGGAGCAUUUUCUAAUGUAAUGGGAGCUGAUAUGGGAAAAUUUCCACACCCCUUUACUUGGUUUUAUUGGAAGUUCCCAUACAUUCAGUACUUUCUUUUCAAUCCAUUAAAAAACAACAUUUGGAUCUUUCCAACUCAUGAGAAUUUGAAAAAAAUCAAAAACCCCCUUCUGAUUCUUCAUGCUGAAGACGACCCAAUAGCACCCUUUGCAGUGGCUCAAGAGUUGUACAGAAUAGCAAAAAAUGCCCAGAACUCUGAGAAACGAGUGAAGUUGAUACCAUUUGAGGCAUCACUUGAAUAUGUACACAAUCAGCUCUAUAAAGAUCAUCGUUUGCCAAAUAUAAUAAGGGAGUUUGUACAGUCACUGGAGGCAUGAUACAGACAUAUGAUCCAUGAUGAGCAGUUUUAUCAGAGCUGCCCUGAACUGCAGCUGUAACUAAAAAUUUACUGUUGUUUUACGUACUUAUACCGCUUUAUCUGUAAAAUAUUGUCAUCUGAUCACCCUGUCAUAGGGGCAUUUUUUGUUUAACAAAUUUUUUUUUCAAUAAUUCAUCUGUGAAGUUAAACUUUUUUUAUUGUUCAACUUUGAACAAAAUCAGUUUUUACCCAGUUUAUAGAUUUUUGCAUUGCGGGGUCAACAAAUUUAAUUAAAGUGUUAACAUUGAAUAAUGUAGAAGCCUAAGAGAAAUAUUAUUUUAUAUUUUACUGUAUGUUGUAUAAUGAGUUUAAAAUUGUUAGUGUUAUUCUGUAUAAUAGAAUGCAAUAGAAUUGCAUGGUGUUGCUGCAGUAAGAAAGAAAGAAAGAAAGAAAGAAAGAAAGAAAACAUUUGGACAUAUGAUGCUGGCCCGAGAAUUUUCGGGUGUUUAUUGUAUUACCUUCCACCUCUACAAUGGCUGUAGGUGCACUGAAACAAUCCUUCAUAAAAUGCAUUAAACUUUCACGUCUUUGUAAACGAAAGUUUAAUGCAUUUUAGGAAGGAUUGUUCCAGUGCACCUAUGCACCCAUUGUGGAGGUGGGGGGGGGUACAACAAGCACCCGAAAAUUCUCGGGCCAGCAUCAUAUGUCCAAAUUUCAGUCAAACCGUUCUAUUUCAUCAUAAACAAUUUGAAAACAGGGCUUUGGUCAGGGCUGAAAGCAGCCCUGGUUAGCGAGUAAUCAGAGCGUUUGGUUCUGAUAGGUGGUCAGUGAUCACAUGGGUGACUCAACCCUAUCGUUGAAGAGAGCGUUGAGUUACCGUUAAGUUAUCGCUUCUCUCACAGCGCUUCACCAUCCGUGGCCACGUCAUCUGAGUGCAAUCACAAGAUGAGCUGCUUUAACAGGAUCUGAAUUACGUAGCUUGACUGGUCUUUGAAAUUAAUGAUGCAUUAUGUCUGGAAGGACUUUCUCGUUUUGUAUACCAUACUCUUUCUUUCUUUAUUCAUUAAUGAUAAAACAAUAAAAGAAAUCAAUAAAAUAUUUUUGGAUUUUA